UUUUAAUUUUCUAUAUUUAAGGAAUAUAAAAAACGUUCAUCUAAAAUGUACACCACUAUGUAAAAUUUAUUUAAAUUGAAUUAUACUUUUCAUAUUCUGAUCAAAAUGUAUUUUAAAAACAUUUUCCUGUGUACUUUUAUUGUUUUUAUUUCUCUAGUUGAAAGCGCUAGAGAGGAUCGGCCUAAGGUAAAAACAUUUCACAAUGACAUAUUAAUUAUCUUAUUUAUGUUUUCAUAGCAAUCAUGUAGUUUAUAUAUAAUAUUAAUACAAUAUUUUGAGUUUUUAAAUUAUAAAAUAUUAAUGUAUUAAUAUAUUUAUUAGAGUCUUUACUUAUACAAUUUAUUUAUUGUAAACUUAAUUGACUGGUUAGUUUGCCUAUCGACAUUUUUAAUGUACAUUUUCAGAGAGUAAAUCAUUGAUUAAUAUUGUAUACAUCAGAUUCUAAAAUACCAUGUUUUUCCCAAUAAUUACCAAGGUUUUUUAUUAGAUUUCCUCCAAGAUUACCAAAUAUUUUUACCCAGAUUACCAUUAGUAAUUAUCCCCUCUGGAUAUUUUCAUUAAUUAAGAAUAUAGUUAAAUAUUUUGUAUUACUUUAUUUAUUUUUAUAAUAUACUAUAGUGUAGUGCCUUUUGCUUAUUACAAGAAAGGUAAAUAAAGUCUGUGAGAUGAUAAAGUGAUCCUUAAUAUAUUACCUAGGUCGGCUAUAAAAUGUAUCACUUUAUCACUUAGCAAUUUUUUUUUUUUAUGUAUUUGUAAAUAUAUUAUACGUGUACAAAAAAAGAAAAAAGAAAAAUUGGUAGAGUAUUGCUUACUAUAUUUUAAAAAUAGAUACCCGUACGUACAUACAUUUUUAAUCCUAUCACAAUUUAAAUCACUGCUUUUUGAUGUUAGCUGUCUUGUCCUGUUCUUCCAAACUAAUACUCUAUAUUAUACUUCUACUUAUCCUUAGUUCUUUUCCUUCAAGUAUUACCCUCUAUUUCUACUUCUCUUGCCUGUUGUCUCCACCCACAUCCAAAAUUGUCCCAUUUUGGUUUAAGGCCCACCACUAGCUGGCUUGGGUAGCUAGAAUAGUGGUAGGGGCUCAGCCCCGAUUGACCCUUCGACGUCAACUUAAAAUCUAGUCGGUACCACGGGAGGGGGGAGGCCCGUUUCACGCUGGACCGGCUUGCCGCUCCGGACUUAGUGGCCCCCGCGGUUGAGGUGCCUACUUUGUCUGCAACGUGGUGACUGUGGGACCAGCGCAAGAUAGUAGAAAAAUCACUGACCUAGUGAGAUAUAAGGAACCCAUGCGACGCAGUCAUACCCGAGUCGAAAAGUAUGGGCCGGCGCUGGUGGCCCUCAGGCGACCCAGGCAUGCCUCACCGGCUUGCCGCUGCGGACGCACUGACAACCCCGUCUCUUGAAUAGCGCCCAGCGCUAAACAUAAAGUACGCGGGGGAUGACGGCGAAAGCCCGACCCAAAAUCUAGGCUCUUCGUGUCCCAUUUUGGAUGUGGCAUAUUUGCCAAGUCUUAUGUAAGAACUCCUGAUACAAUUUGAUAGAAUUUUACUCCAGCUAUUGCACCUGAUACAAUUCCAUUAUCUUCUCUUACAAUAGAUGAAAGUACUGUAUAACUAUUAUAAUUUCAUCCCACAGGGCUAAUUAAAAUCCUAAUUGAAAAAUACUUUCAUAGAUGAGGUGAGAAAGUAAGACAAUUUAAAUGCUUUUUAAUUGUAAUACACUUUAGGUAUAGAGUUUUUUUUUUUAAUAAUUGCUUAAUUAUAAUAAUUACGUGUGGUAAAUUGUUUAAUGGGAUAGUUUUUAAGUACAUUAGCUGUACAUCUAUAAUUAAGAAGUGGGAAAUAGAUUUGUAUGAAAUUAAAAUACAUAAAUGUGGAAGUAUAAUUUAUAAAAUAUGUGGAGAAAAAAAAAUUAUAAAAAUAUGAAUACAAAAUAAAAAUAGUAUUAUGACCAGAACAUUUUUCAUUCAAAAAGUUUUAUUGAAUAAUUAUAAGUUCUUUUAAAUUAUUGAAUAUUAGAUGUUACCCAAUAGGUCUCAAAAUAUUUUAAAAUAGUGAACGGUCUAAACAGGUCAUUAAAAACAAAUGAAUGAAUCACCAAAAUAUUUCCAAAUUAGUGAAAUAUGUCAAAUAAAUUUGGUAUCAUUUCAAUAACAAUGUUUUAAAUUGUGAACAUUACUUAUCAAACUUUAAAUAUGUUAUUAUAAUAAAAAUAUGCAUUUACAUAUUUAUCAGUACCCUAUUUAUAAAAAUAACAAGUAAUAUCAAUAAAUUAUCGAUGACAGAUGAAUUUUAUUAUGUUUACUUUUACGUGUAACCAUAUAUGAGAUAAUACAUUUAUUAACAACUAUUAUUAAUUUUACCUGAUGAUGAACUUUUAAUUCAAAUCCGAUCAUAUAAUACAUAUUUCAUAAUACUCCAGGUGACACAUUCAUUCAUUUAUAUAUUUAUUAUUAAUUAAUUUAGACUUAAUCAACCCACAUAUGUUACUCUUUAAUAAAUUACAUUUUAUUUUAGAACCUUGAACAAAAAGUACAACAGCUUAAUGAUUUAUACCAAAAUAAAUUUGUGGUCAGAUUUAAUGGGCCCAAAUUUAAGGAAUUUGUUAAAUCACCACCAAGAAACUAUUCAGUUAUCAUAAUGUUUACAGCAAUGGCAUCUCACAGACAAUGUUCAAUAUGCGGGUAAUUUUACAAUAAUGCAUUUUUUUUUUUUUUUUUUUAAUGAUUACUUAUUAUAUGAAAAAAAUGUAUAUUAUUUACAAUAUUUCAAUACAUGUUAUGUUUUAAGUAUGAAAUAUAUUUCUAAAAUUAAUAUUGCAUUUUUAGACAUGCUAGUGAUGAAUUCAUAAUUGUUGCAAAUUCAUAUCGUUAUUCUCAUAGACUAAUGGAAAGUCCUUUAUAUUUUGGAAUUGUUGAUUUUGAUGAGGGAUCUGACAUUUUCCAAAUGGUCAGUAUCUUAUUAUUGUUUUUUUAAAAAAUAUUAGUGAAUUUAUUUAUUUUUGUUAAUAUAGUUGCGUAUUAAUACUGCUCCAGUGUUUAUGCAUUUUCCAGCAAAAGGUAAACCUAAACCUUUAGAUACAAUGGACAUACAAAGAGUUGGUUUUGCAUCAGAACAGAUUUCAAAAUGGAUACAAGAACGAACUGAUGUACAAGUUAGUAUACUGGAACAUAUGAAUUGUUAUUUAAAACCUCGCAACCUCCUCAUUUUUUUUUUUUUCCAUUUAUAAUGACCCCUUCAAAAAUCAUUUAACAGUACUUAAAUAAUACAAUGUACAGUUUAGAUGAUACUUAUGGUUAUUGGUGACCCCCUAGCUAUCACCUUACUAAACCUAAACAACCCUUUGUUUGUUGUCCCCAAGUUGAAAACCACUGAUUUAAAACAUUUUAAUUUUUAGUAGAUAAUAUAAUUUUUAACAAAUCAAAAUAGUACACCUUUUCUCCAAAUUUAAUAAACAUUAAUAUAUUUUAUAAUUCCAAAAUAAAUAAAUUAGUUCACUUCAAAAAAAUAACUAUAUAAAAUGAUUGUCAGUACCAAGUUAAGUAGUUUUUUAAAAAAAUUAGGUCUUGGAAGUUUAAAAUACUUUUUACAAUAUUAAAAUAUACUUCCGUUAAUAUUGUUUUAAACCUCAAAUUUUUGAUAAAAAUAUUAUGAUUUAUUAAUUCUUAAAUUACUAUUAUUAUUAGUACAUAUAUUGUUAGUUUAAAUUUAUGUGCAAAAUUAAUUAUACUACUCUUAACUUUACUAUGCAAUUUGUGUAUAAAUUAACAAAUUUAAUUUAGUAAAUCAAUUAUUCACAAUCUAUUUAUACAGUAGUUUUUUUGUUUUGUAUAAACAACAAAAAAUGUGUUUGGCCUACUGUGGUUUAAUGUAUAAAUUAAUUAAUUUCAAUUAUAAAACUCUAAAAGAGCAUUUUUCAUUUAUUUUUUUAAAAUAAAACUUAUAAAUCAAUUAAUUUUGUGUGUUAUAAACAAAUCUUUAAACGUAAUAAAUUGUAAAUUAAUUUGAAAAAAAAAAAAAGAAUAUUGUACACAUAUUUUUAAUUUAUUUAUUUUUUAGAUCCGAAUUUUCCGUCCUCCAAAUUAUUCUAGUACACUGGCUUUGUCUAUUCUGUUUGCAAUAUGUUCAUCAUUUUUAUAUGUUAGACGAAACAAUAUGGAAAUGAUUUUCAACAAAAAUUUGUGGGGAAUUGGUGCUGUGGUAAGUUUCUAGUUAUAUUUUGUGCAUAGCCUAAGUAUUAAAAAUUACAUUUUGUAGUUGUUCUGUUUGACUAUGAUAUCUGGACAAAUGUGGAAUCAUAUAAGAGGACCACCUCUAAUGCAUCGAAAUCAGCAAGGUGUUAUUACAUAUAUUCAUAAUUCUUCUCAAGGACAAUUUAUUUUUGAAACAUAUAUCAUAAUCGUAUUGAGUAUCCUUUCUAUCUAAUAACAUAAUUAAAUUUAAGUUUUGAUAUAGCAUCUUAAGGUUACUUUAACAUAAUUAAUUCUUUUUUUAAACAUCAAAUAUGUUCAUAUUGUGAAAUUACAGCAAAACGUAUCAGAGAGGACUAUAAUGUUAAAAUUCUUUUAGUUUUUUCAGUCUUAUGUUUGGGGAUGAAAUCGUACCACUUCUUGAUUUUCAAAUAUCAAUCUAUGUUGAAAAUUGUAUAAAUAAUUGAAAUUUAAAAUUAAGUAAAUAUUUAAUUACUGUCAAUCCAUUGCCAAGAUUUUAGAUUUUUUAGGUGAUUUGUCAUUAUGUUGGUAGGUAUAUAGUAGACACCAUAAUGUAUUUAAACUAAAACUUCUAUUUAUACAAUUUUUAAUAUAGAUUACCAUUUGAAAAUUUAAAUAUGACAGUGAUAAAAAUGGGUAAUGUCAGAAUAUAUGAUUCCAAAAAAUUUUCACAUACAUCAUUAAAAUAAAAUUUGAAAUUAUCUGUAUAUAGUUCUGGGAGUCAAAAACGCAGAUAAUCAUUGGGGGUUAUAUUAUUAUCUUAAAAUGUUUUUAAAAAGAAAAUAAGACCCUAUAAUAGUUCCUUUGUCAAGAGUUUAGGUAUAUUAUCUGAAAUUUGUUUGUAGAUUUAAAAUGCAUGUUUAUUUAAUGUUGGAAUGUAAAGGUGCCAUAAUAGGAGUUGUUUGUAACAUACCAAACUGUUGCAGCAAUUUAAACAUUUGCAUGUUAAUCGGAAUACUUUGGUGGUUUUAGUAAUACUGUAGUGCUACAUAAACAUUAGUAAUGCAGUAUACCAGGUGAUCCAUUUAAGUGGGUACACUCAUUAUGUUAUUUUUUGUUACCCUUAUUUUUGGGGGUAAAACCACUACCUACUUUGGAUUUUCAAAUGACAACCUAUAUUAAAAAUUCUAUAAAAAAAAAAAAAUGAAGUAUUAAUUAAAAUAAAUUUUAGUGUUGACAUUUUUGAUUUCCAUCAAUCCGUUGAAGAGAUAUUCCACUUUUAAGUUUGGGUUGGAGGAGAGUAAUGGAGUAUCAUUAGUGUAGCUGUGAGGCGUGUUAAUAAUGCACCACUACUCUUCUCUAAUCUAAAGUUAAAAGUGGAAUAUCUCGUAAACGACUUUACAGAAAUCAAAAAUGUAAACACUAAAAUUUAUUUUAAACAAUACAACUUCUAUUUAUGGACUUUUUAAUGUAAGUGGUCAUUUAAAAAUCAAAGUAGUUAGUGGUUUUCCUCCAAAAAUAAGGGUGAUAAAAAGUAACAUAAAUAUAAAAUUCUAAAGCUGCUUGUUUUAUAAAUGUUCGAGGAAACAAAUUAAUACUUUCCGAGAUAAUGAGUGUAAAUCUACUUAAAGAUCACUUGGUAGAUUGUAUAACUUGAUUUAAAUAAUAAUUUAGAAUGAAGUAAGUUUUUAUAAAAUUAGAUUUUUUGUUUAGGAUGCAAAUGGGAUGUUGUAAAAGUGAAAAAUGUGUUAAACUUUAAGUCAAGCUAUUAUGUAGUUUGAAAUUGCAGGGCUAUAGAUAGACGUUGGGAUUCCCUGUGGGAUCAUAAUAUUCCAAGGGUACUACUACCUGUAAGAAGAUAUAAAUAGGAUUGAAUCAGGUCGACAGCCAUUGUACAUUUCUAUCAAACUCGUAUGAGAUGUUCUACACAAAACUUGGGUAUAUUGCCCCAAGGGCAAGGACAAUAGGUGAGAAAAGAUGAUGUUUGAUGUUUGAUGUUUGCAGAUGAUAUUGGUUUAAUUAGAGAAAAUUUGGAAGAAGUUAACAAUAGGCUACUUAAGGAAUAGAGAAUAGCACUUGAAGAAAAGAAACUAAGGAUAAGUAGAAGUUUAUAGAUUAUUAGUUAGGAGGAACAGGACAAGACAGCUAACAGAAAUAACUAAAUAGUUGGGAUGAAGGCAAAGAAAAAGAAGAUAGAUAGAGGUUGGAGAAGUUAAAAAUUGAAAAUAAUAUGGGUAUUGAUAGAACCUAUAGUAUAUGUUUUUAUUUGCUUAUUCACAGAAUUAAAAUCCUAUUUAUUUUUGGUUGAUUAUAAUAAUAAUAAUUUGAUUUUUAUUCAAUUUGAUUUCUUCUUUUAUAAAAACAUAAUAAAUGUUAUUAUUGGAAAAUUAAAUGGUAUCGUGUUUGAAAAAAUUUUCCUGAAUGUAGCUAUAGAUUUAAUAUUGGUGUUCGGAGUUGUGAUAAUGACAGAUUCAUAUACAAAAAAAACCGAUUCAAAAACACGGAAAAUAAUGACUGUUGGUGGUUUAGCAUUAAUAGUGUUCCUAUUUAGUGUUAUUCUGUCUAUAUUCAAAUCAAAAGCACAUGGCUAUCCUUACAGGUAAUAUUAAUAUCAUACAUAGUUUUUACAUAAUUCAAUAGAAUAAUAGUGUUAUUUUUUUUUUUCAGCUUUUUGAUCAAAUAACUGUGUGAAUUUCUUUAUUUCUAUUGUUUCUUAAAAAUUGCACAGCAUUUUGAAGUAUAUUUAUUAAUAAUUAAAAGCUAAUUGUUAUAUAUUAAAAGAAAAAAAUUUUAAUCUAUAGCAAGGAAUUUAUUUUUAAGAACCUUCAGUUUGAAAAUUCAUAAUUAUAAUGUUUUACAAUGAAAUAUAAUAUACAAUGAUUAAUGUAACAUGAUUAUUAUUCAUUAGUAGAUGAUGUUCAUUGUUCAUGUUAAUCAUCAUCUUUCAAUACAUCUAUAGCUAACCAUCGAGAUUUUGUUUUCACCACUUCUUUACGAACUAAUCGUUUUUUAUCAUCUAAACAUUUGCCUAGUUCCAAAAUAACCUAUAUAAACAAUAAAAAAGGUCAUUAAAUAUAUAUGUAUAUAUAUAACUACUAAUCUAGUGUUAAAAUGUUGGUUACUUGUUUUUUUAAUGGUAAUAGUUUAAUUAAAGAAUAGUCACAGCAAUUGUAUAAACAUUGUAAUGCUACUAUUCGUAUGUUCAUAUACUUUGAACUUUGAGAUAUAUUUAGUAAUUUUGGAAUAAAAGACUGCAAAUGAUCUUCUAAAAUUGGAGUCUUGGAUUCUAAAAGAUUGCGGAAAGUUUGUAAUGACUGUAAUACAUAUACUUGGUCUGGAGAUAAAAGUUGAAGUAGCACUGGUAAUAUCUGUAACAAUUAAACUAAUUGAGCAUAUAAGUAUUAUAAAGAUAAUUUAGUAUUAUUCACACUUAUUAUACAGGUAACUAAAAAUAAAUUAAUUUAAUUUUUGGAAAAUUUAAAAAAUUUUCUGACAGCAUUAUUCUUUAGUGAGACACAAAAUAUAGAGCUCUGUAGGCUUGACAUGAAAAAAAUAGUUGAAUUUAUUUUCCAAGAAAAUGAAACAACAAGAAGUGCUGUAUAAAAUAUAUAUAUAUAUAUAUAUAUAUAUAUAUAUAUAUAUAUAUAUAUAAAUCAAUUAUAAAAGUCAGCCAAACAAAUUUUGGGAUUUUAUAUAACCUCCUAUUCUCCUGAAUAUGCUACUGCAGUGUUAGAAAAUAAAUAAUAAGAUUAUAAUUAGUCUUAUUUUAUAUUAAUUUAUAAACAAAGAAACUAAUAUAAUAAAUACUUAAUUAUGAAAAAAGAAAAUAACUUGAAAUUACCUUGGAAAAAUAUGGUGCAAGUGUCACAUAGGAAUUACCAUCCAUUUGAUAUAAAAUACAAAUUAAAUAGUUUUCUUUAAUUGGUUCAGGCAUCGAGUUAAAUUUGGUAAUAAGUGGUUCAAUAACAUAACAAAAUAUCCUUUGUCUGUAUAAUAACCUAAAACAUUAUUUGCAAUGAUUAAAAUUUUUUUUUUUAGCUUUUCCUUGUAAUUCAGUUUAUAAUAAUCUCAUAUGACUGCCCGUGUUUAGUAUUGAAUAAAAACAUUAACCCAUUUUGAAAAAUACCAAAAACUGUCAGCCACCCUUGGGAGUAGAAUUUCAGAAAUUCAGCUUCAAGGUGUAGUUCAUCCACUUCUAUAUAUAUAUAUAUUUAAGAUCUCUGAGUGCAAAAAUUUGGCUGUUAGUACAGAUACUUUUUUUUAUUAAUAUAGAUUAUGCGACCAUAUUUAUUUACUACACUUAUACACAUAUAAAAGAGUGCUAACAUUAUUUUUUGCACAUAGUAUAGUACUUACUUAACUGAACAAAAACACUCUUUAUUUAAAUAUCCAUUAUCUGUUUGUGUCAACAUUUUAAAACACAAUGUCAUUGUUUUUCCAUACAUGGGGUCUGCUAGUAAUUGUAUUGACUG